AUGGAGGACCCUCGGGAGAGGGCAUACAAGGCGGUGGCCUAUUCAGCGGUCACAUUCUCUCUCGUCGCUAUUCUCUCAGUUUGUAUCACCAUGCCUAUAGUAUACAACUUCGUAGAUCACGUACAACAACAAACGAAACGCGAUCUCCAGUUUUGCAAGUCGUCGGCAAGAGACAUCAUGACGGAGAUCAGUCACAAGAAGCCCGCUUCGUUUGCGUCAUUUGCGGCGAACGCUACCAAUGCGAGAGCGAAGAGGCAGGCUGGCUCAUGUGCCUCAUGCUGCAAACCUGGACAUCCUGGACGCCCUGGUUUGCCAGGCAGAAACGGAAAGCCCGGAAUUCCUGGAGCACCAGGCCGACCAGGUGCACCUGGACGACCACCAAUUGUAUGUGAAGAGCUUGACAUUCCUCCAUGUAACCCAUGUCCACCAGGACCACCUGGACCACCAGGACCAAACGGACCUCCUGGCAGCCCAGGAAGAGCCGGAAGUCCUGGUCGACCUGGUAAUCCAGGACCUCCUGGAGCGCCUGGACCAAAUGGACCAUCCGGACAACCCGGAACACCUGGAUCAGACGGAGAGAAGGGAGAACCUGGACGACCUGCUCAGAGUACAAACGCCAUUCCGGGAGAUCCCGGACCACCCGGAGAACCAGGUUGGUUACUGCCUUGA